GCCGGGUGGACAUCCGGGUCACGGCAAACCGGAAGUGGUUCCGUGGGCAGAGCAGCAGCAGCAGCCCAGGAGCGAGGCGGUCUCCUGUGGGCGGCUGAGCCAUGGCCGGCACGGCCCUCAAGCGACUCAUGGCCGAGUAUAAACAGCUGACUCUGAAUCCACCAGAAGGCAUAGUAGCUGGACCUAUGAAUGAAGAAAAUUUCUUUGAGUGGGAAGCAUUGAUAAUGGGCCCAGAAGACACCUGCUUUGAAUAUGGUGUUUUUCCUGCUAUUCUGAGUUUUCCUCUUGAUUAUCCCUUAAGCCCUCCAAAGAUGCGAUUUACAUGUGAGAUGUUUCAUCCCAAUAUUUACCCAGAUGGAAGAGUAUGCAUUUCCAUUCUUCAUGCUCCUGGAGAUGAUCCUAUGGGCUAUGAGAGCAGUGCAGAACGAUGGAGCCCUGUGCAAAGUGUAGAGAAGAUCCUUUUGUCUGUGGUCAGCAUGUUGGCAGAACCAAAUGAUGAAAGUGGAGCCAAUGUGGAUGCCUCUAAAAUGUGGCGGGAAGACAGAGAACAGUUCAACAAAAUAGCCAAACAGAUUGUUCAGAAGUCACUUGGGCUUUAAAAAAGAAAGUGAACCCUGAAACAUUUGACAAUCGAAGUGUGGAAUUUUUUUCAGACAGAUAGAUGACUGUAAUAUGUGGUGGUAUUAAAAGGCAAGUCUUGCCAAAUAUUGACUAGGUUUCAUUACCCUCUUCCCAUAUACUAUGCCGUCUUUUUCUCUCUGUAAAAGUAAUGCCUAUCCAUUUAAGACAUAUUUGCACAUGAAAUACAAUGGAAUUUAGUUUAGCAAAAAGGUUUCACAGUGCUGUAGUGGAAACCAGGGAACAUUAGAUUGUGUGCAUCUUUCCAUUUAUAGUUAAAUUGUUUUUUGGCUGCUUUUCAGGACCAUACUGUGCAGUUGCUUGUAUGGUACUGAGAAGAGCUGUCAAUUUAUAAGUGCUUAGAAAAAUACUUUUAAGCACUUUGAGAAUCAGUUUUUUUUUAAGAAAUGAGAAACUGUUCUGAAAUACUACCUUACUGACAUAUCUUAAGAAGUACUCGUUGCCUCCCAAAUACUGCAAAACAGCUUUCUUUUGAAAUGUAAUGGACACCUAGUUAAGCUUUUGGACAAGAUGUUAUGGGCAAGAGAUUUACCCUCUGAAGUGGAGAUAAACCAGGGAGGAAGUGGUCAGUUUCCUCAAGGUGUAGCAUUUUGCUUCCGUAAAUAACAAAUCACACUUUAGGUCGCUGUUUAUGAGCACCCAUCAAGCACAGUCAAGUUCUUCAUGAAACAUUAGAUGAACUUGUUACAUCCCCAUCAUGUUUGAUGUUAUCUGAAUAGUUGUUCCAAAUAUAUAUUGGCUUCCAUGAUCGUGUAUCUCUAGCCAAAACAAAUGCUGGAAAUAACAUGUCUACUGACUGUUGCAAAAGAGCAAUUUCUACCAAGUUAUUUUUCAGUUCUGAACUGACAGCACUCAUACCGAAAUUAAAGAGUGUCUUGCCCUGACUAUACUCCUAAAGAAAAUAGGCUGAACAAAAUCUAGCAUGAAUACAUCUAGGUUAUCAGGAAUUAUUUUUUGUGGGUUUUUCGUACUAUGAGGUCAUGUUUUAGAAGAGUUUAUUCCUGACAUUUCACCAACACCUGUGGCUGGCAUCUUCUCUGAAGAUGCAAACUACAGCUGCUGGUGAAACAUCAGAAAUAAACUCUUCUAGAAUAUGGCCUGAAAACCCAUAAAAAACUAUGGAUGCCGGCUGUGAAAGUCUUCGACUUCACAUUAGCAGGAAUUGGUGGUUCUUAGCUUCUGUUAUUCUAGUAUUCUACAGGAACUGUGCAAUUGGUCUUGAUGACCAUUGUUAAAAAUAUAAAUGUAUUGGUUCCAUUGGAAUGAAAGAUACUUGUCUGUUCUUGUUAAUCAUGCAGGAACUGAGCAUUAAAUAUUUUCCAUGUAUUUGAUUUCCAGGUUAUGGAGCAGUUCACAACCAUCUUUUAUAAUGUACCAUGACAACCCAUCUGAUACUACUUUGGGGUGCCAAGUUUAAAGUUUACCUUACAAGAAAUAUGAUGCACAUGUCUUGCAUAAACUUCAGUUAAUCUUCAACUAUUUACACUUGAACCAGACUUUUAGAUGUAGCGAGAUAACCAUGAAGUCAAUAAAAUAUAUUUUAUUGUGACAGUAUCUUGAGCACCUGGAUUUACAUUGCAGUUUCACAAUUAACAUCACUUGCUGUCAGCCUUUUUUUCCUAGUUAAUUCCAUGCAUAGAAAUGUAAUGUUAAGUGAAAUACAAUGAGCCAAUUCAAGUAUUACCAUGGUACCAUGCUUUCCAAUGAAAAUACCUUUCCUGGUUUGAUUGAUCCACAGGGAAAGCUGGAUCCAAGUGUAGAAGCCAGCAGUAUGAAGUUCUUGCCCCAUGAGAGUGAUUAUCAGUGACAGAAAUGCCAUUGGAGUAAUGUCAGAUUGCACUUAGUUUUUUUCUCUGUUUAGGAAUUUUUGAAGUAAUCUUGGGAAUGGAGAGGAAUAUUUGGAUAGGAAAAGUAUUAGUAUUUGUCCAAAAUGCUAUCCACUGCUGUUGUUAUCUCCUCACACAGAUGAGUUCAUUUUAAAAGAUUGAGUAUCAACAGCAUUCUAAAGUAAGAGUACAGUGGACCUUUGUUAUACGCUGGAGUUUGGUUCCAAGAUCCCCCCAUGUAUAACAAAAUCCGUGUAUGCUCAAGUCCCAUUAAAUAUAAUGACAUAGCAAAAUGGUGUCCCUUAUAAAAAAUGGAAAAUCAAGGUAAAUUUAUACUUUUUUGGAACAUUUACAAACCGUGUAUGCUUGAAUCCGUGUAUAAAAAAUCUGUGUAUAAGAAGGGCCAACUGUAUAUUGCUUAAUGGUCAUUAAGAAAUUGGUAUGAAAGCUACUCUACUAUUAUACAGUGUUCAUGUGUUUAAAAUAUGUUGUUUUAUAUUGGACACAAUCUCUAAUGAAAAUAAAUGCAUAUUUUCCUUAAAUGUAUAAAAGAA